AUGCGCUCUCGGCUCCUGGUGCGCUUCUUGGCCGCUCUGCUGCUGACCUGGCCUGGGCUCACCUUCUUCGGGCGCCGCGGCCAGAGUUCCUCUGAUGCCGUGGAUGCGCUGGUGAAGGAUCUGCAGACCCUCGGCAGUGCCGGGCAGGAUGCAGCCAAUAUGGCUUCAGCUUUGCUCGGGGGCCUUCAAGAUUCCAAGCUGUUGGCAGACAGCAGCUACGACGCGCGUCGGCGAGUUGCAAAGUUCAAAAUCGCAGGAGGCGGCGCAACAGGUGAGUUCUUGCCAGAUCUCCGGAUCUGGCUCCAGGUUCAGCUGGACAAGAAUUUGAGAAUCAGCUGGGAGAAGGCUCGAUCAGGAGCUGUUGUCCUCCACUUCUCUGGCCUCUCUUUUGCUCCCCUUCCGGGAGCACAGGAGCUAUAUUUGAAGGCCGGCUUGGACUCUUUUACGUGCCCUUCCAUCAAGUCCGUGAACCAGGAGGAGUAUUACCAGUGCCACCUCAAAAAGGCACUCGUGAUGGAAGAAUUCUGGAAAGCCAACCGGACUCUCAUCCCGAAGAACCUGCAGCACCAGUUCGCUUUCAUCGGAGACAACACGGUGAUUUCCCACCUCUCGGAACAGCUUGGGCAUGGGUUUGGCUGGUCCAUGCUCCUGGUCUUGUCGGCACCCCCGUCGACCGUCGAAACCCUCGAAUUCUCGGAGAAUGGCGUGCGAGGAACCUCUAUUCAUGACAAGAACCAGGCUGGCGCCAAGCUCUCAGCCAAGCAUGGUUUCAAAGACUUGAGCCUCAACAUCGCUAGGCCUCUCGUCGGAGAUUCGCGCUUUGGUGGGCUCGUUCGCUCCGUGGGUGAGCGGAUAAUGCCAGUGGCUUGCAACUUCGGCAUCCUCUGUUCCGUCGGAGAGCCCCGAUGGCGCUCGAAAGGAAUUCGAGGAGCCGACCCGAAAGUGGUCGCGAGCAUGUUCCGCCGUCGCGGCACCAAGGGCCCGAACGGCGAGGAGGGCUGCCUGACGUGGAAGUCGAAGAAGCGGCGGCUCGUCCGCGCGCUGCAACAGCCCAAGGCAAUCCUACUGGAAGGCCCGCCGGGGCUUGGAAAAACGGCCACUGUCCAAGCUCUUGCAAAAGCCACCAAGCGGCGUCUGUUGCGGAUCAAUUUGUCUGAGCAGACGGACCUUUUGGAUCUGUUGGGUUCCGACUUGCCGAUGCCUGGCAGUGAUGUGGCAGCUUUCCGCUGGAGUGAUGGAGCCCUCCUUCGAGCACUGAAACGUGGAGCUGAUUGGGUCCUGCUUGAUGAGAUCAACCUGGCACCACAGGCCACGUUGGAGGGCCUCAAUGCCUUGCUGGACCAUCGGAGAGAGGUGUUCUUGCCGGCAAUUGGCCAGACCGUGUCCGCUCAUGCAGGCUUCAGGCUUUUCGCGGCUCAGAAUCCGGUAGCAACAGGAGGUGGACGGAAAGGUCUGCCACGAUCAUUCCUGAACCGCUUUACUCGUGUGGUGCUUUCUCAGCUGUCACCACAGGAUCUGCGUCACAUAUGCGAGCAUGCCCAUGGUGGCGCUCUGGGAAAGGAAGUGGUGGACCGGACGGUCCGACUCGUCGAGGAGCUUCAAUUGGCAUCGCAGGGUGCAAGUGAAGAAGGCGGGAGGCCCUUCGAAGCACACCUGGACUUCGAUUGGAAUCUGCGCGAUGCCUUGCGGCUUUGCGAGCUUUUGCGUGCGAAGGCACCUUUGGCCCAUCACUGCCAGGCCUCUGCGGAGCUUCUCUUUGUGUCCCGUCUUCGCUGUGACACGGAUCGUGAUGUGGCACGGCGUGUGAUCUCCAGGAAGCACUGCAUUCCAGUGCAUUUCAGCUUCGCUGCUUCCACCUGCAAGCGAGGACCGCAAGUGUACUGUCAGCUCCUCUGCUACAGGAUCUUCCCACGACCGGCCGCCGAAAGCGAGAAGCAUUUCCCUGCGGCGGCCUUGCUGCGCAUCGGAUGCGGCUUCGGCCUGGAGGAGGUAUCACCGGACGAGCCGGCUGAUGUGGGCCUCAGCCUGAGGAUGUUCUACGUGUCUCUUCGGGCCUUGAUAGGCCUGGCAGUCUGGCUUCAAGAUUUUUCAUGGUUCAUGAACUUGAUCAAGGUCUUGGCAGUCACAGCCUGCAAUCCCAACCAGGCGGUUUACAGGAUAUGCCUUGGCAUGCCGAUCUCUGUACACGUCACACUGCUCAGCGGCCGGAGCGCAUCAAUCCUCUGCCAGCCGAGCAGCAGUGUGAAUGAGUUGAGACUACGAGCCCAAGAGCAGCUGCAAACGGACAUCAGCGCCCUGUUCUCAAGGACAGGGCAGCAGCUGAUCGGAAGGCAAUCGCUGAAGGAGGCCCUUCCGCUUUGCCUCGAGGACGGGGAGGAGGAUGAUGUGGCAGUGACGGCGGCCUUGCGGCAGACGGUUGUGACGUCCUCCUGGGAGUCUUUGUUGAGCGCUGGAGAUGCAUGGCCCUUGGCAUCUUCCUGGGCUACGGACGCCUUCGCAGCAAUCCGACCCGAUGGCUUGGUUGUCGGCUCGGCACUCCUUCGGCAAAGACUCCGAGCCGAGGACCUUCGAGGUCAGCGAGAUGUUGUCCAUGCCAUGGCGCAUGCAGUUUCGGACGAGCUGAAAUUGCCCAUGCCUCGGGGAACCCUUUUGGCCAUGGGAGACGAGUCCGACGAAGCCAUGAGAAGUACGAAGCGCCACCGCCAGAAUCCCAAGGACAUCUGGGGAAACAUCGGUGCGCUGCUCGAGGGCACAUCGGUCGUCAAACUCUUCUGCAGAGAGCUGAAGCCGAACUAUUCGAUGCCUUGGACGACCAAGAGGCAGCAGUCUUCAACUUCCACUGCCUUCGUUUUGUGCCUUCAAGAGCGGCUGCUGCUGACCAAUCGGCAUUGCGUGGCCCAUGCCAGCUGCAUUGAGGUGCGGAAGCGUGGGGACGACCAGAAGUACGAGGCGGAGGUCCUUGCCCGAGCGACGGACUGUGACCUGGCCUUGCUGACGGUGCGCGAGGAGGCUUUCUGGGAAGGCGCCACUGCGCAGACUCUGUGCAACGAAGUUCCAGCUCUUUUCUCUGAAGUGGUCUGCGUCGGGUAUCCCACCGGCGGGGACAACUUGUCUGUGACGAAAGGUGUUGUAAGCCGGGUGGACUACGAGGACAACCCAGACCCUUGGCGGAAUCGAUUGGUCAUCCAAAUCGAUGCAGCAGUGAACCCUGGAAACUCGGGAGGGCCAGCGCUGGUCGCAGGAGGCUCCUGUGUGGGUGUUGCCUAUGAAUCCCUGAAGGAUGGCUCCACGGAGAAUAUUGGCUUCAUAAUACCGGUCAGUGUGGUGCAAAAGUUCUUGACAGCCUGGCGAAGGCUUAAGUCCGCUGCGCCCGGUGCGAGUACAGAGUCCGAGGAUGUCCCGCCAGUACGAGUCACGGCUUUUGGGCAUGGACGUUUUUCUGCCCAGAAGCUUGAGAACGCCGGUAUGAGACGUGCCCUUGGCCUGGCCACUGGGCAAAGUGGCGUUAUUGUCAAGUCGGUAGAUCCGACGACGGUGAAUGCCAAAGUUCUCCAGAAGGGCGACGUGCUUCUCUCGCUGAUCGGAGUCCCAAUCGGCAACGACGGCUGUGUUCCAUUCGUUUGCGGGUCUUCUCGCCACGAUCGUGUCCCCUUCCCCUAUGUUGCCAUCGAAAAGUUUGUCGGCGAACAGCUUGAGGCCGAGAUCAUGCGUGCAGGUAGCAAGCUGUCCAUCACGCUGCAGCUCUGCCCGCAAGAGCCUCUGGUCUCCGUUGAAAAAGAAGCUCCCUGGCUACUCGAUUAUUGCAUAAUCGGUGGCCUCGUCUUCGUGGUGCUGUCUCAGCAGUACUUGCGCGCCACCUUCGGCGACAAGUGGCGCAAAGAGCGUUGCAAUGGGCUUUCAGAGAUCAUGGAUUCCAGGGAACGAGAGUUCCAGGACGAACAGGUGGUGGUCCUUUCGUAUGUUCUCGCACACACAGUCAACCUGGGCUUCCAGGAUGUUCGGAAUGCACGCCUCAAGGCUUUUGUGGUGGAUGGGGUGCCUGUGCGGAUCCGCAACAUCGCACAUUUAUCGAAUCUUGUAGAAGCUUCCAAAGAGGAGUUCCUUAGAUUUGAGCUGUACGGUCGGGGUGCCGGCUUCCUUCCCGAUAUUAUUGUCUUGGAACGAUCCGCGGUUCAAGCUUGCGAGGACGAAGUCCUCCGUCGCAACAAGAUUCCAGCGGCACGGAAGAUUUCCAACUCGAGCUGA